CUCGAUUCAUUGUUUCCAACAGACAAUCGCAUAAAACAUGGGAUAAAGACCAACGAACGGGAAAGCUCUCCUUUCUAUGAAAAAAAAAGGGUAGUUUACGAACCACUUCAAACAUGCAUUACAAAGAGCCGGCAGUAAGUGGCUUACGACGCUUAUUUUGACGAGGAACAACUUGACGCUGAAGCCAAGAACGUUUCUUUUGAGAUAACUUUGCAUCAGAUCCAGGUGCUAAAUGAUCCUUCUUGGAAGCAUCCAGAACCGAUACUUUAAAGUCACCCUUCUUUAUAACUUUGUUUUUGCGCCUUUUUAGAGGUGCCUCCUCAGUUGGAAACAAAAUCUUAUUGUUCAUGGGGACAUGUUCCAAGCUUUCGGUAUCGUAAUCAUCCUCAUCUUCCUCGUCCUUCGCUUCUUCUUCCCUGGCAGCAUCCUCUAAAAUAGAAAGAUCCAGUUUUUGUGCUUCUUGCAAAGUUGCAUUCCGUUGGCGAUUUUUUUCAUUUGCAGCUCUUCGCUUUUCUUUUUCAUUUUCCCGUAAUCUAGAAAAACCGUGUUAGUAGGUGUUGCUCAUGACAUACCAAGCAUGUCUCGUUUCCCAGUACCCAUACGCUACAGCGAAAAAUGCAUGCUCUAUUCAAUACCUUCUUUCAUGAUCAUGAAGUUGCUUUAACCGUUCUUUUGCUUCCAAUGAACUACUCUUGACAGAUACCUCUUCGGGUGCUUCGUCAGAGUCAGAUUCGGAUUCCUCUUGAUGAGGAAUUUCCUCCUUAAUCUUAGGUGAACUUUUCUUUUCAUUGUUAACUUUCUUUUGCCCAAGUUCAGAUAGAGCGGAUGCCCCAUUCGGCGACGCAAGUUUUGCCAUGAUGAAAAUUUCUCAAAGUAUGUUUUUCGACAAGUUGCUUGAAACAAAAAGCAAUUUCUAAAUUUAUUAUUUUUAUACCGUGACUUCGAGACCACUUUCUGUCAGAAUUUUCUGCUAUUCAGAGCAGAAUGGUUUUCGACAAAAGAGAUGGGUAGAGGGACGAGUGUGUUAUAAGAGCUAUGAACCACUCAGUUGAACAUUUCCACCAAUUCGCAAAGGAUAUGUAAGAAGAAGGAGAAUAAGAGAAAUAUAAUAAGAAAUGGGAAUGCUCAAAUAAAAAACACCGGUUAAUUUUCGUUUCUUUCUUCAGGAUACUCUACCAGCGAACUCUUAGUUUUUACCCAAACGUUCUUUAAACGUUUAAUGUCUUUUCUUAAUACCAGAAUUGUUCAGGUUUCCCUCAAGAUAUUUUAUUUCUAUCUGUACUUCUAAUUUGUGAUUUAUUUGUUUACGUUAUUGCGACCUCCAAGGCAUUGAAAAAAAAGGAGUAUUUUCAAUAAGAGACAGCAGUUCGUCCUUUUUUGGGCUAUUCCUUUUAUAGAUCAUGAAUUCUUCCUUUCCUGAACAGUACAAUUUUGCAUUUUUCUUUAUUCGGUGAAAGUUCGGUGACUUCCGGUGACCUCGGACAGUUUCCCUGCAGAAUUUUGUUGAACAACGCACAGAAAACGAUCUUCUGACGAACCUGUAUUUCGUAGAAUUAUACAGCCACUUUUAGAUUUUUUUAACGUAAAAAAAACAUUCACUACAAUGACUGCUGAAAAUACCACUGUAUUGGAACCCGUAGUAGGAAAAGAUGAGAUUGGUUGGAUGUUUGUUCAAGAAUACUAUACUUAUUUGAACAAGGAACCCCAUCGUCUUCAUUGCUUUUAUACCAAGAAGUCAACUUUGGUUCAUGGAGAAGAAGGAGAAGCUAUAAGCCUUUGUCACGGUCAACAGGAAAUUCACAAUAAGAUUUUGGAUUUAGACUUUCAAAACUGUAAAGUCCUUAUUUCGAAUGUUGACAGCUUAGCUUCUUGCAAUGGAGGUAUCGUCAUCCAGGUAUUGGGAGAAAUGUCCAACAAGGGAAAACUCUCCAGAAAAUUUGCCCAGACCUUCUUCUUGGCGGAACAGCCCAAUGGCUACUUUGUUUUAAAUGAUAUUUUCCGAUUUUUACGCGAAGAUGUUGAAGACGAAGACGUAGAGGAAACUGAAGCUCCCGAUGUCUCUCACAUGAACAGCAACAAUGCUCCUUCUUUUACCCCUCAAGAAUCUACAGACGAACCCCAUCCUUCCGAACAAUCUAAGCCUGAAACUGAGAAACCUCAAGUGGCUACUACUGAACUUACGAAUGUAGAAGUCUCUCAACAACCUAACCCCGAAGCUUUACCUUCAGUAGCCUCUCCUUCUUUGUCUCAAGCUGCCCCUGUUCCCAAUAAAUUUGAAGCUGAAGCGAUCCCUAAACAACACAGUCCUGCUGCCCCAUCUGCUACCGCCAAGGCCCCCAGAACAUGGGCAAACUUGAUUGCUCGUAACGCUUCUGAGUCCAAAUCUCAGGCUGCUGUUACCGAUAGUGUACCUUCUCAACAACAAAGCUCUACUAUCAAGCCCGCCAAUGUUCCUACUGCUCAACAACCUCAGACCGAGAAACAGUUAGAAACUUCAGUGUUUGUCAAGAAUAUUCCAAAUGAUGUUUCCGAGGAUAAUUUGAAGCAAGUACUUGGCGUUUUUGGUUCUGUCAAGAGCGUUGAAUAUGCCCGCCGUAAAGGUACAGCUUAUGUUGACUUUAACGACCAUACUUGCGUUCAGACAGCCCUCGCUAAAGGUUCUGUGGAUACUGAAAACGGCGUUCUAAAUAUUGAAGAGAGACGCCGUGUGGUACCCAACAAGGUAGGUAAGUCCAACGAUCGUCGCGGUGGUGAUGGCCACAAUGCUGGUGCUAGACGUCAGUUCCGUAAUCGCCCUAGCAGAGCUGGCUAUGAUGGUCAUUCAAGAGAUAACAACUCUGCCAAAAAACAAAAUAUUUAAUUUAAAACAAAAAUAUUGGAGCACCUUUGUACAAUUAGUUUUGCUACUUCUUUAUGUUUGUUGCUCUACGCAGCGAUGAUCGUGCAAACAAGCUAUAAUUUCUCUUUUAGCCUGAUUCGUUUCACUUGAAUCACUGCUUACAAAUUUCCUCUCCUUAUCCUAUAGACUUCUCCCGUGUUGAAAGAACUAUACUGGUUUCGAUCUUGCGUAAAUUUUGUCAAGACAUACCUAGCAUCUUGUUUAUUACAUCUUACCUUUCUUCCUUUCCGUUAUGACUACAUUCCUUAAUUUUACCAAUGUGUAUACCCUUGUUAUAGACUCGUAUGUAAAUGAAAAAGUUUAUUGUUAGCAAGAAAAAGGAUCUGAACUAUAAGACUAGCAACUAUGUAAAGUUAGUAAAUGAUUCAUCAGAGA